AAAGUUACUCAUUGCACGAUUAUACUAGCAGUCUACAAUACAGAUUAUUGUUUUAUUUUAUAGUACUUUUUAACAAAAUAAUUGCAAUAAUGGCAAGAGUUUUAAUUUUAUUGUCGGUCAUCUUGUUCAGUGUCUAUAUGACAGAACAAGCAUACUUUUUGGAAAAAGACCACAUCGACCAAAUCAACGAAAAAGUAACAACAUGGAAGGCUGGUAUCAACUUCGAUCCUUCUACACUAAAAGACGACAUUUUAAGACUUCUGGGAUCUAAAGGUGUACAAAGUCCAGACAAACUUGACCACAAAAUGUACAAAUCAGAAGACGAGGAAUACGAUAAUUUGUUCGGCAGAAUUCCAAAAAAAUUUGACGCGAGGAAAAAAUGGAAACAUUGUACAACUAUUGGACGAGUCCGAGACCAAGGAAAUUGUGGAUCGUGUUGGGCAUUAUCAACAAGCUCGGCGUUUGCUGACCGUCUUUGUAUAGCUACAAAUGGAGAUUUCAAUGAACUAUUAUCUGCAGAAGAAAUAACUUUCUGCUGUCAUUUGUGUGGGUUUGGCUGUCAUGGAGGAUACCCAAUAAAAGCAUGGGAACGUUUUAAGAAACACGGUCUUGUCACAGGAGGAGAUUAUGAAUCAGGAGAGGGCUGUGAACCAUACAGAGUUUCUCCUUGCCCAUUAGACGAACAAGGAAAUAAUACUUGCGCUGGAAAACCGAUGGAAAAAAAUCACAGAUGCAAGAGAAAGUGUUACGGAGAUCAAGACAUUGAUUUUAAAAGCGAUCACAGAUACACAAGAGAUUAUUAUCGCCUUACAUACUCAAGUAUCCAAAAGGACCUUAUGACUUAUGGUCCCAUUGAAGCAUCUUUCGACGUGUAUGAUGAUUUCCCCAGUUACAAAUCAGGAGUCUACAUUAAAUCAGAAAAUGCAACAUAUUUAGGAGGACACGCGGUAAAAUUAAUUGGAUGGGGUGAAGAAUACGGAGUCCCAUAUUGGUUGUUGGUUAACUCGUGGAACGAAGAAUGGGGUGACAAUGGUCUUUUCAAAAUUCGAAGAGGUACAAAUGAAUGUAACAUUGACAAUUCGACUACUGCAGGUGUACCAGAAGUUUAUUAAGUGUAUCAUUAAUA